CAAAGACCAGGCAUGAGAGCAGAGAUAUCAAUUGCAUAGUUUGAGGCGUCAAACAGAAACAUCAGACUCAGGACAGAAACACAUCCUAUCAAAAAUGGGCCAAACUCUAUAUUUUCUUCUUCUUCUAAUUGAACGCUGGCCAUCAAACGUGAAUGUCUAGAAACCUAAAACUAACUUCACUACACUUUUUGAGCCAAAGCGCUAAAUCCGACCCUCACUUUCUCAGCUCUCUGUUCUGUAUCUGAAUGUGUUCGGCGUCAGUAUGACUUUAUAAAUGAGAAGAAGACCUGGAAUGAGGCUCAGAGAUACUGCAGAGAGAGAUACACAGAUCUGGCCACCGUUGACAACAUGAAUGACUUGAAUGAGCUGAUCAAGAGUGUGAGUGAUAUAAGUCUUCAGUAUGUCUGGAUUGGGCUGCAGAAGACCGGUCUUAAUAAAUGGCAGUGGUCUUCAGGAGAACCUGCGCUCUAUUUGAACUGGGCUCCUGGAAAACCAAAUGGUGUAGAUGACUGUGGAAUAAUUGCAAAUGGACAAUGGAAUAAUACACCGUGUGGUUCUAACCAGCAGUUCAUCUGCAACGGGAGUACAGGACUCGUCUUUGUCAAUCAGGCAAUGAAUUGGAGAGACGCUCAGAGUUACUGCAGACAGAAUCACAUUGAUCUGGUCAGUGUGAGGAACCAGAAUGAGAAUCAACAGAUCAUCAGUGAUAUAACGUUAUCUGGUUCAUGCAUCUGGAUUGGUCUGUUCAGAGACUCAUGGCAGUGGUCAGAUCUGAGUAACUCUUCAUUCAGAUAUUGGAAACCUGGUCAACCUGAUAAUUCUGGAGGUAAUGAAGGCUGUGUAGUGACUGAACCGAACGCUCAGGGACAAUGGCAUGACAUCUCUUGCACCAAUCAGUUUUCCUUUGUGUGUCAUGAAGACGCUGAACUGAUUCUGAUCAGAGAGAAUCUGACGUGGGCCGAAGCUCUGAGAUACUGCAGACAGAAUCACGUGGAUCUGGUCUCAGUUCAUUCAGAAGAGAUGCAGCAUCGUGUGAAGAACGUGGUUAAACGGGCGUCUACUGCAGUGGUGUGGAUGGGUUUACACAACUACUGCGUCAUGAACAUGUGGCUCUGGCUGAGUGGAGAGAUCGUGUGUUAUCAGAACUGGGCUCCAGGGAACGGAACGACGCAAGAAAACUGCAAACUCGAGAAGAGAAAAGGAGCCGUUCAGUCUGGAGGAGAUCAGCGCUGGAUCAGCCUUCCUGAAUCUUACAAACUCAACUUCGUCUGCAGCAGAAAUUAAGAGCUUUGCUUACAUUCACGGUUUUUAUGAGUUACUUUUACAUUUGAUUUAGGAAUUUCUGAGUUAAUCUGCUUAUUGGGUUUAAAAGUGGCCAGAAGUCUGUUUAUUUCUGUACCGUAAAAUUAGGGCUGGUAAUUUAACACAUUAAUUAGAUUAAAUAACUACAGUAAAAUUGAACACGUUAAAAUGUAUUCAUGCAUUUAAAAUACUUGCCCUGCCCCAGACCUACGUGGGUCAUCUGACAUUUCAUGCAGUUAACUGAUGACGAAUAUGAGGCAGGGCAUGGAGUCUAGAGAAUGCAGCUCAUUUGUGCUGUGGAGUUGUGCAAGGAAGAAAUAGGUAUAUUUAGAAAAACCCAAAAUGAGUCAACAGUUUGGAAUCAUUUAAUGUGGUGUCUAAGAGAUACAGGAUUGUAUAUGGUUAUAUAGAGUUUUUUAAAUAUUUAUUUAGUUUUACUAAAUUUUUGAAGCUAAUCACUUCACUCUCCUGUCCAGUUGGUGGCAGUAAACGCAGCAUCCAUAGAUACAUAAGAUCAAGUGACCUCUGCCUUCUCUUAAUUCACAAAAUCAAACUUAAAAAUUGCGAGAACAAAGCUUUGGAAAAGCCUUAGUUGUGUUUUAAAUGUGCUCUGUGCAUAAAUAAAUAUUGCUGUUGUUAAUGAAGAGAGUUCAUGUGGUCAAACUACAAAUUCGAAUAAACCAGAUAUGCUUUGCAAAUUUACGUUUAACUUUUCAGAAGACAACAUCUAUCGUGACAUCCAACUCAGUCACUUCUAUUUAUCAAUCUUUGCGCUUCAUCCAUUCAAUGUAACUAUUUAGUAGUCGUUAGUUACUCUUGUCUAUGCCUUUUGUUAAUAAAAUCCCUUUUUAUUACACAUGUGUGUUCC